AUGGAGGCCAGCGGGAAACGCAUCUGCAGACAAAAGCAAGUCAUUUUCUUUUUCCUAUUGGGCUUAUUUCAGGAGGGAGCGGGAGAGCCUAGGCGCUAUUCUGUAGUGGAGGAAACUGAAGGCAAUUCCUUUGUAACCAAUCUAGCAAAGGAUUUGAGUCUGGGACAAAGGGAAUUCUCCAGGAGGGGGGUUAGAAUCCUCUCCAAAGGGAAUAAGCUACAUUUGCAGCUCAAUCAGGAGACGGGGGAAUUGUUACUAAAUGAAAAACUGGACAGGGAGGAAUUGUGUGGGCACACAGAGCCCUGUGUGCUUCGUUUCCAGUUGAUGCUAGAGAGUCCUUUAGAAUUUUUUCAAGCUGAGCUACAAAUAAUAGACAUAAAUGACCACUCUCCAGAGUUCCUGGACAAAGAAAUGUUGCUGAAAGUAUCAGAGAGCAGUCCUUCUGGAACUACAUUUCCUCUGAAGAAUGCUCAGGACAUGGAUGUAGGCCAAAAUAAUAUUGAGAACUAUGUGAUCAGUCCCAAUCCCUAUUUUCGGGUCCUUACCCGAAAACGCAGCGAUGGCAGGAAAUAUCCCGAGCUGGUGCUGGAGAAAGCGCUGGAUCCACAGGAGGAACCUGAGCUCAAGUUAACUCUCACAGCACAGGAUGGCGGCUCUCCUCCACGGUCUGGCACAGCUCAGAUCCACGUUGAAGUUGUGGACUUCAAUGAUAAUGCCCCGGAAUUCCAGCAGCUCAUCUAUAGGGUGCCACAGGUGCAGAUUCCUGAAGACAGUCCAAUAGGUUUCCUGAUUGUCACGGUCUCUGCAACGGAUGUAGACCUUGGAGUCAAUGGAGAGGUCUCUUAUUCACUGUUCCAGGCUUCAGAUGAGAUUAGCAAAACAUUUGCAAUCAAUCCCUUGACGGGAGAAAUUCGACUGAGAGAACAACUUGAUUUUGAAAGAGUUCAGUCCUAUGAAGUCAAUAUAGAAGCGAGAGAUGCUGGAAGCUUUACUGGAAAAUGCGUGGUUCUGAUCCAAGUCACUGAUGUGAAUGACCAUGCCCCAGAAGUUACCAUGUCUGCAUUUACUAGUCCCAUAUCUGAGAACUCUCCUGAGAUGGUGGUUGCAGUUUUCAGUGUGUUAGAUCUUGAUUCAGGAGAAAAUGGGAAAAUAAGUUGUUCCAUUCAGGAGGAUCUACCCUUUUUCCUGAAAUCUUCAGUGGAAAACUUUUAUACCCUAUUAACAGAGAGACCACUGGACAGAGAGAACACAGCCGAGUACAACAUCACCAUCACUGUCACAGAUUUGGGGACACCAAUAUUGAAAACACACCUUAACAUAACAGUGCAGGUAUCAGACGUCAAUGAUAACUCGCCAAUCUUCACGCAAGCAUCUUACACCCUAUUGGUGCAAGAGAACAACAGCCCCGCCCUGCACAUAGGCAGUGUCAACGCCACAGACAGAGACUCAGGCACCAACGCCCAGAUCACCUACUCGCUGCUGCCAACCCAGGACUCGCACCUGCCCCUCACCUUGAUGGUCUCAAUCAACGCAGACAAUGGGCAGCUGUUCGCGCUGAGGGCGCUGGACUUUGAGGCCCUGCAGUCAUUUGAGUUCCACGUGGGCGCCACAGACCAAGGUUCGCCUGCGCUCAGCAGCCAGGCGCUGGUGCGAGUGGUGGUGCUGGACUACAAUGACAACCCACCCUUCGUGCUGUACCCAAUGCAGAACGCCUCUGCGCCCUGCACGGAGCUGGUGCCCAGGGCGGCAGAGCAGGGCUACCUGGUCACCAAGGUGGUGGCGGUGGAUGAAGACUCGGGCCAGAACGCCUGGCUGUCAUACCAGCUGCUCAAGGCCACGGAGCCAGGGCUGUUUGGCGUGUGGGCGCACAAUGGCGAGGUGCGCACCGCCAGGCUGCUGAGCGAGCGCGAUGCGGCCAGGCACAGGAUGGUGGUGCUGAUCAAGGACAAUGGCGAGCCUCAGCUGUCUGCCAGCGUCACGCUGCACGUGCUGCUGGUGGAUGGCUUCUCCCAGCCCUACCUGCCGCUCCCGGAAGUGGCGCCCGAGCGCGCGCAGGGGGACUCGCUCACUGUCUACUUGGUCAUCGCCUUGGCCUCUGUGUCAUCGCUCUUCCUGUUCUCUGUGCUGGUGUUCGUGGCGGUGAGGCUGUGCAGGAGGAGCAGGGCGGCGCCGCUGGGUGUCUGCUCUGUGCCUGGGGGGCAUUUUUCUGGCCACCUAGUGGACGUCCGUGGCACUGGGACUCUGUCCCAGAGCUACCAGUAUGAGGUAUGCUUGACAGGAGGCUCAGGGACCAGUGAAUUCAAGUUUCUGAAGCCUAUUUUACCUACUUUCCAAGACCAUUCCCUUGGGUCAGAAAUGUAA